CACCUUUGACUCUCUCUUUCUCUCACUACUACUACUACCAUCAACGAGCCCCAGCUCUCUCUGUCUCUCUCUCUCUCUCUGGUUUCUCUGUACUUGCCUUGCUAUCUUCUUUUCUCCAGCUCUCUUUUUCUCUUUUCUGGGUUUGUUUUUAAAUCUUCUUCUUCCAUCUCCACUGCUUAAUAACCUCCCCGGCUGCCGAUAGAGUGAGGGAGAGAGUCAAUUACUGGUAUGAGUUCUUCGUUUCAUUGAAAUUAUACACAACAACAAGAUUACAAAUAUUUGCUCCAACUAUGGCUGGUGGAAACGAAGUCAACCUUAACGAAUGCAAGAGAAUUGUCCCACUCAACACAUGGGUCCUCAUUUCCAAUUUCAAGCUUGCUUACAAAGUCCUCCGUCGUCCUGACGGUUCCUUCAACCGCGACCUCGCCGAGUUUCUUGACCGUAAAGUUCCCGCUAACACUUUCCCUGUCGACGGCGUUUUCUCCUUCGACCACGUCGACUCUACCACUAACCUUCUCACCAGAAUCUACCAACCUGCGUCUCUCCUUGACCUGACCCGUCACGGAACCCUCGAGCUUACCAAACCUCUCAGCACUACGGAGAUCGUCCCUGUCCUCAUUUUCUUCCAUGGAGGUAGCUUCACUCAUUCCUCGGCCAAUAGUGCCAUCUACGACACUUUCUGCCGACGCCUUGUCACCAUUUGCGGUGUUGUUGUUGUCUCUGUUGAUUACCGGAGAUCGCCUGAGCAUCGCUACCCUUGUGCUUACGACGAUGGAUGGAAUGCUCUCAAAUGGGUCAAGUCCAGAGUCUGGCUUCAGAGUGGUAAAGACUCCAAUGUUUAUGUUUAUUUGGCUGGAGAUAGCUCAGGAGGCAACAUAGCUCACAAUGUUGCUGUCAGAGCAACGAAAGAAGGAGUCAAAGUGUUGGGGAACAUUCUUCUUCACCCAAUGUUUGGUGGACAAGAGAGGACUGAGUCUGAGAAGAGCCUUGAUGGCAAAUACUUUGUGACUAUACAGGAUCGAGAUUGGUAUUGGAGGGCUUUUUUACCUGAAGGUGAAGAUAGAGAUCAUCCAGCAUGUAAUCCCUUUGGCCCGAGAGGUCAAAGCCUUAGAGGUGUCAACUUUCCCAAGAGUCUUGUCGUUGUGGCUGGUUUAGAUCUUGUUCAGGAUUGGCAAUUAGCUUACGUGGAUGGCCUUAAGAAGAAUGGUCUUGAAGUGAAUCUCUUGUAUUUGAAACAAGCUACCAUCGGGUUUUACUUCUUGCCUAACAAUGAUCACUUUCAUUGUCUUAUGGAAGAGUUGAAAAAGUUUGUGCACCCCAUAGAGGAUUCUCAAAGCAAGUCAAGUCCUUUGCUUCUUACUCCGUAGGAACAACAACAACAAGGUCUAGUCAUGUUGCUGAUAUAUACAUAAAGAGAAGAAGAAAGAGGAUCGGUUUGUUUUGCCUAUAUAUCUAUGAUGGGGUUUUGUACAGUUUCCACAAGUGUUGUCUAGUGUUUAGUAGCGUUUCUUUUGUGUUCCUUGGUCUCCGGAAGCAUAAUAUCUUCUGGCUUGUUGUGAGAUCUCAUGGUUGCGCCUGACGAGAGACCACUUCGGUUAUCGGCAUCUAUCGGUUUAGGGCUAUACCGGGACAUUGUACUUUGUUUGCGUACUAGUAUGGGUAGACUUUAAUUAGCUCUAGCUAGAGUACAGAGGGUAAAUUACAAGACAACUAACUUGUCUUCAACAUGUUGUGAAAAAAACUUAUCCUUGGUGUGGAUUUGUAUGUUGAUAUUAACUUUGCUUUCUCAUGCUAUUAAUAGAAACAGUAUGUCUUUGUGGUUGUAGUU